UUGAUAGAUUAAAGAAUAAAAGAAAAGUGACAAGUUGGAAAAAGUUUAAAAAACAUUCAUUGCAUAUUUGACGGGAAAACUUACUAAAAAAUUAGUUAAUUGCAAAAAAAAAACUUGAAGACAUUUAGAGUAAAAAAAAAACAAAUAAACAUAACAUACAAAAACACAGGAAUUUUGAGAGGAUAUAAUAAGUUGAGCAGCAAACAUGGAUUUCCGAAGAUUACUUAGGUGCGUCUUCAGUUUACUCAUUUACCAGAUGAUAUCUAAGAUCUGCGUUUGGAUGAACAUUAGCUUAAUGUUCUUACUCGUUAGCUUCCUACUGAGUUUCUCAAUGACAUUGCCUCACUGCUACCAAUAUUACAAUCCUGUUAUGGCACCUCUAAGUACUAUAGGGAUUAUGGCAUUGUUCUUCAAAAUGUUCACGUCGUUUUUCAUCACGUCCAUGCCGACCAUCAGUUCCAUCUUUAAUGGUAUCAUAUACGGCAUGAUUUCUGGAAUGCUGUUCGCAUAUGUGACUGUAUUCCGGAUACUCUUAUAUCAUGAGUUCAUCAUAGACAACUAUUUCGCCUAUUUUCUGAUGAGAAGGCGAUAUGGCGAACGACUACUACCAUUCGUUAUAUUGUUUAUACCAUUUUACAAUAUGGACGAAGUUAUACGUAGAAUGUAUGGUUAACUUAAAGAUGAUUAGUUUCAUCCUAAAGCCAAAUAAAUAGUAUUAAGUUAUUAGGUUAAUAAUAUACCUAAGUUUAGGAUUAUCUCUGCAAAAAGCUUA